AUGGAUUUCACUAGUUACUUUCUUGGCCUGACUUUCCUUUUAACUGUUUACCUGGACCUGACCAACUCCUUUGUGGCCUUCACAGCCUCCAGUACCCAUGGUAUCUUUGCCGCCAUUGCUGUUCCGCUCGAGUUGCCCCAUCGAAAUGUGUUUGUUUCCUACAAUUUUGAGGCCAACUACAAUUUACCAGCAAGCUGGGAGAAAUGGACAAUAUUUCAAAACGGUCCCAUAGAGUCGGAGGAAGUGGUAGAAGAUACGGAUACGGACACGGAGGCAGAGUCUUCUCGAAAGUUAGCCUCUGGAUGCAAAAAUUGCACGGUGGAGGAAACGGAGGCUGGUGGAGAGGAACAGGAGGAAGUGGAGGAAGCCACCGAAGUACUCUCCAAAGAACGUAAAGUUAGAUCCCUGCUGACACGAUCCAAUAUCUAUCGUAUUUUCAUAGAUAAAUUAAAAAGGAGCGGUUUCCAAGGUGAAUCAUGUUUGCUACGCCUAAUUUGUGAGAUAAGUGCUGCCCAACUGGAUGAAUUCAAUGGCGUUUUGGGCAGUCUAGUGCAUGUUUUGUUCAGUCCCAGCACUUCAGAGUCAGAAGAUCUGCCCCUUCGUUAUUAUCAAGCGGAACACGAUGGUUGGAAUGACCAUUGCCAUUAUUAUGAGCCGGGCUGUGGCGAAAGUAUUCUAGACCUCAUAUCAGAACCCUUUGAAGAGAUUCUAAGACACAUUGAACGCAAUAAAAUAUAG